AUGGUGAUGUAUUGUCUUGCCAACCAGUUGAAAGCCUGGAACAGACGUAGCGCCAUUAAGAUAAGGGUGAUGCGUACCUACUGUGUAAUGGAAAGGAGAGGCUCUACUCAGAUCAAGAGCAGAGAGGUCAUCUUUCAUGACGAAGAGGGGACUGUUAUGCAUGCCCAUAUCCCCAACGACAUCCUUCCUAAAUUCAUGAACAGUUUUGUUGAAGGGUCUGUGUAUUGUGUCAAAAACUUUUUUGUGGUAGCCAACUGGCAUACUUAUAAAACCAGUAUGCAUGACUACAUGUUGCAAUUCAAUGGUGAGACUAUUAUGAAAGAAUAUAGGUCUGCAAAUUUCCCUAGACACAUGUACAGAAUCAGGUCAUUCCAAAGUUUGAUCCCUAGACACAUGUACAGAAUCAGGUCAUUCCAAAGUUUGAGGACUAGACACAUGUACAGAAUCAGGUCAUUCCAAAGUUUGAGGAAUACCCCAAGCAUAAAUGACAAAGAGCUGUUUGAUUUGAUUGGUCGAGUUGUUCAAAUACAUGCUCCACAACAGAAGACCAUCAAUGGCAAUGAUGCUAGACUAAUUGAUUUUGUUAUAGAAGAUGCACAGGGUAAUCGUCUAACCUGUACUUUUUGGGAUGACCAUGUUGCCAAGAUUGAGCCUUUCUAUGAAUCUCCUGGUAAUGAGCCACUGUAUGUGCUGAUCCAGUUCUGUAGACUGAAGUUUGGUGUUAGAGAUGGUGAUGUAAAAAUCUGCUCCUCCUAUGAUGUCACUCAAAUUCACUUUAAUAUUGAUUGUCCUGAAAUGCAGCAGUUUAAAGAAAGUAUGACAGAGCUGUCACAGCUUACACCGAUGAGGAGUAUAGCUUCCAUGUCUAGCAUGAGUUUCACAAACACUCAUGAUGAUUCGAGCACUCAAUCUCUGGAGCUGACUACUAUUAAUGACCUCUACGACACUGAAGAUUUUGGUGACUUUUGGAUAGCUGCAAGGGUAAAUGGUGUGGAAAAACCAAGUGAUUGGUUCUAUAUUUCCUGUCCUAAGAAGGGUUGCAAUAAAGCACUCAAACUUUCUGAGGGUGUCAAUAAGUGUUUCAAAUGUAAUGAAAUCCCUGAUGGUAGUGUUAGAAAGUAUAAACUUAGAUUGCGUGUAGUUGAUAUGAAGGGUACUGCAUCCUUUUUGAUAUGGGAUAGGGAAUGUGUGGAUUUGCUAGGUAUUCCAGCAGAAGACCUAUAUGAAAGGAACUUGAAUAACCUUGGACGUGUAAAGGAGAUACAUGAACUCAAAGGGAGGACAAUGCUUUUCAAGAUUUCAGCAAAAAAGGAACACUACGUUCGUCGUAAUAUCCCAUUUCCUGUAGUGAAGAUUAAAACUGAUCAGUUACUGCUGCAACAACUCUGCCCUGAUCUUCUAGCUUUAGAUGAAAAUGACUUUAACUCUGACGGACCUAGCAGCGAGGGGGAUGAUAAAUUUAUGGAGGGGUUUGAGAGUGAUGAGGGGGAGAGUCCGGUUGCUCUGUUGCCUCCAACGAGUAGUACAGAUUGUACUACUGAUGGACCUGUCAAGCGUUGUUUGCUUGAUUCAUUCUCCUCAACCAAGGGUGGAAAGAAAGUGAAGCAAUCUCAUGUCAAGCUAGAGAAGAUCGAUUGA